AUUGUUCGAGUAAAUCGAACCUCCAAACCACCCAUCAACAGUUAAGACUGUGUGCGUAUCAUCAUUAUCAUAUGCUUAAUACACACUGACGUGUACGAGAAUGAGGGCUCGAUUUUGUUAUGGUUUUACUUGACCGCCCGGAAAAGCGCAUUUCGCAGCGAGUAAAAGUAGACAUUAGAAACAGUUAAUCUCAGAAAAGAAGUGAUUUUCCUAAAUAUUUAGCCCUACGAUCAGUAUGUCGAAGUGGUCGAUUUUUCUUCUCACAAAUCUGUUGGUGGCAUUUAGCUCGGGAACAACGAACAGUACCAAAUUUGUGGCCACUAAAGAUUGGCAGGAAAUUCCCGACGGUCAAGCAAUCCCGGAGGGUCUCCACGUUCGGAUAAAUCUUUCAACUGGCAAGAAGGAAGCGAAACUUCUGGAUACGGUAUCUAAUGAUACCCAAUCUUCGUCGAUUUCAACGGUGCCUGGAGCUGGUGUACAGGAUCAUGACCGCGAUCAGCUCCCGUUCACUAGUAACCUGAACCAGUUGAAGGAAGCACUGCAAAAAAUCCCGGCAGAUGAAUUUAAACUGAACGAGGAGGAACUUAAAAAAGUUAAGGAUAAAUACAAGAGCUACGACCAAAUCAAACAGGAAUUGAAGGAGGCCAACCUGGAAGUCAAAAGUGACAGUGACAUCAUGCAGAGUUUGUUUAAACGUUUCUUGGAUAUUUGGAAGUCUAAGAACCUGGCCGAAUCGAAGGUGAAAGCCGAACUGGAGACGGUGUUUGAAGACCUACAAUAUUUGGUACAUCAAAUAGACAACGCAAUUGAAUUUAUUGAUCGACAAGGAAUCGAACAAAUUAUCUGGCCUAGUCUUAAUCAGACCAAUGCUUCGUUGAGAGUUCGUAGUUUGAAAUUACUGGGAACAAUAAUUCAGAAUAAUCCAAAAGCCAAAGUAGCAUUAUUCGAACGCAAUGGAGGUGGAAUUUUGCUGGCUAAGAUAUCUCAAUCUACGGAGACGGAGGAGAUUUCUGCCGGUCUGUUUGCGUUUGGGAAUCUGGUACGUAAAUUUCCAUACGCCAUGACGGAACUACUCACUCCGCACGGGUACAGUUUGCUGUUUGAUGUGUUGGACAAAAACGUUGAACUUCGUGUGAAGGUUAAAAUUGUCCGACUGAUAUCCGAUUUGGUUCAGGACUACGAACACGCCCUGUCCGCACCGGAUGUUGAUGCGACUACCCGGGAGCGCUACCAGUCGACUAACCUGAAAGGAACGCUCCAUAAGGUAAACUACUGUCCGCGAGUGAGUGAAUUCUUUCUCAGCAACAAACCCGGCCUGGUACUGGACGAAUCCCUGGCUGACGACGUGGUGGAAGCCUUGCGGGGUAUCAGCCAAAUCCUCUGUCACGAGGUGUGGUCCGUAUGUCCGCUGUUUCGGCAUGCGUUACUGGUAUUGAAAAACGACUUGGAUGAUCGGCUGACGGAGUGGAGUGGAUACCCGCAGGGAGCGGAAUAUUUGAAGGAAAUUCUUCACAAGAUCACUCAGUUCGUAGAGGAGUUAUACCACCGUGAGGUACCCAGGAGGGAUGAGCUGUGAGGAAUCUGUGGUCGUUCCAUGAUCGGAACUAGUGGAAGCUGUGUUCGAGACUGUUCAGUGUAACUGAGAAAAAUAUACAUAAUUUAUUUUGUGAAA